GCGCUUAGCACUCAGUUAAUGGCGGUGGACAGCAGGGUGGACUGUUAACGUUCCCACGGUCGGUUCAGGCGACGCGCGGACGCCGAACUCACAUCCGAGGAGCCGGAGACGAGACGAACGGUCAAGUAAUGGAGAAGGAAGAUGGAGAGAAGGACGAGGAGAGUGAAGUGGCUGAGCUGCGUCUGAAAGCAGACUCCCUGAAGCAGGAGCUCAGAGAGUGCAGAGUCGAGCUGGCAAAGCUACAGAAGCAGCUGAAUCAGUCUGAGAGGCUCCAGAAGAGCACAGAGAGCUACAACGAAGACCUGAGGAAACAGGUGGAUCAGCUGAGUGCAGAGAUUCAUGAACGGAAGAAGAAGGAUAAAGACAGAGUCAACAGUGAAACUCAGACAGAAGAAAAUGUGUGGACAGAAACUGAUUAUUACAACUACUACUAUGGAAGCUACCCUCAGAACAAUGAGUCAGCAGAUCCUCAGGAAGGCCUGAACGCAGAAGCAUCAGCAUCAGAAGCAUCAGCAGUGGACGGAACUGACCAAAGCAAGGCUGCAGAGGUUUCAAACAAAACAGAAGCUGCAGAUGAGUCAGCUCAACCUAACAGCAGUGUCACAGUCGCAACAGAGGAGGGCGAUGCAGGAUCUAUAGCUGAUAUGUUGAGGGCCACGGCUGAACAGGCAAUGACACAGACCGGCUUUGUGUUUGAUGAGGCCACAGGGAUGUACUACGAUCACAGCACAGCCUUGUACUAUGACUCGGCUAGUCAGUUGUACUACGAUGCCAACACAGGCAUUUACUACUACUGCGAAGCAGAAAGCGGCCGAUAUCAGUUUCAUUCCAGGAUCGAGCUGCCUGCUGCACAGACCGGUGUGGAGCCUUGUUCAGACAUGUACACUGCUGAGAAGAAAAGCAGGAAGUUGAAGAAAGCGCUCAAGAAAACGUCACACCAGGACGAUAAGGAACUAACUUUCGAUGAGAUGAGGUUGGAACAAGAAGAUAUUGAAUGGGUCGAGCUGAAAUCAACCAAGAGGAACACAGAAUCCCGGAAACUGAAGCGAAGGUCUCGCAGUGCAGACUUGGCUCCAAGCCAGGAGGACAGCGACAAAUCUUCGAAGAGGAAGAAGCUGAAAAACGGAUCACGGCACGAUGACAAAGGAAAAUCAAAGAAGAAAAGCAAGAAAUCAGAAAAGAAGAAGAAGAAGAAAAAGAAAAAGAGCCAGGCUAGAAGUGAUGACUCGGAGGGGAAUAGCUCACAGGAGGAGGGCGAGCUCACAGAGUCUGAGAAAGACAAGUGGGAGUCUACUUCUUCGAUCUCAUCGUCGUGUGCAUCCCCCUCCCAGGAAUCUGAGAUGGAGACUCAGUGUCAGGAAGUCAACGCAAACAUUUGGCCGCCAUGUGUAAGAGUGACAGUGGUCAGGUCUCCGGUGCUGCAGGUGGGCACUCUGUUCAUCAUCACCGCCGACUCUACGGCCACCAUCGGCAGAGAGAAAGACAUGGAUCAUGCAAUCCGAAUACCAGAGAUGGGGGUCAGCAAGUUCCAUGCAGAGGUGCACUUUGACCAGGAGCAACAGAGCUAUGCGCUGGUGGACCAGGGAAGCCAGAACGGAACAGUCAUCAAUGGGAACCGAAUCUUACAGCCCAAAGCAAUAUGUGAGCCGCAAGUGCUGAUGCACGGUGAUGAGGUGAAGAUGGGAGAGACUGUUCUCUCUUUCCAUAUCCACUCAGGCACUGACACCUGUGAUGGAUGUGAGCCAGGGCAGGUGAUGGCCCACCUCAGCAAAUACAAGAGAGAGGAGAACACAGGCCCUGCUCCCACCAAAGAGGAUAAAGAAGCAUUGAGACAGAAGGAGCUGAAACAGAUGAAGGCCAAAUAUGGCCUGCAGAGCAAUGAGGAGACCAAAGCCUUGAAGAACCCCAAAUAUGUGGACCGAGCAGAGUCUCGUCGACAGACAGUGGGCAGCGAGGGGGUUUUCCAAAGAGAUGAUGCUCCUGCUUCUGUUCACAAGGAGAUCAGUGAGGUCAAUAGAGGACGGAAGAUGCUGGAAAAGAUGGGCUGGAAGAAAGGAGAGGGACUGGGCAAAGGAGGAACUGGAAUGAAAAACCCAAUUGAACUAAAAAUCAGGAAGUCUCAGUCAGGUCUGGGAGCCGGUGCACCCAUGUCUCUCGACAGCGUCUCUACGACCAAGUCAAAGUCCCAGAAGAACUGGGAGAAAGCCAGGGAGAGAUUUGCUGAUACGUUCGAGCCUGACGCAGCAGUCGCCAAAACACAGAGCAGCUCCCCCAAAGCCUGGGUGAAAGCAGAAGAGACUGAUACCACCAACUCACAGACAGAUGACCAAAGUUAGGAAGAAGAUGCAUAUAUGUACUAUGGAAAUUAAGAGCUGAGUCCUUUUUUCUCAGUUUGUUCUCUAGGGUACCGGUUGAAGACCCCAGCAACAAACGAAAUCCAACCUCUAACUUUGUUCUGUUGAGAGCAGAGUAUGACCAUCAGUGUUUGACACCAGAUUUGAAUUAGAUUGAUGUAAACAUUGAUCAAUUGAAGUCAUUUUAAUCUCAGUUAAUCUCAGUUAAUUUUUUUUAUGACAUUUUUGGCAUUUUAAGACUAUCAUUUUUGUUUACGGUUUUCAUGGUGGCAGUGAUUUCUUAUUAAUUAGGUAAAAUCCUCUUCUGAAGAAGAGUUGUUUAUGGCAGCAGAAGAAACAAUCAUGCUGAUCUGGAGCAACAGUGUGAGAUUACACAAAUGUAGGAAUAGAUUGAACAAGAAUUUGCAAUAAAGCGUGUAUAUUCAUCCAA